CAAGAGAAAGGUGCAAGACUGAAUGCUUGAUCCACACAGUGAAAGAGUCCUGCAGUGCUACAUUUGGGGGAAUGAAGUGAUGAAGCAGCUUUGAAGUUUGUGAGAAGAAAAGCAUCAUGGGUCGUUCCGCUGUGGUUCUGGCGGCCGCCGUGGCUACGCUGGGCGGUUUGGUGUUCGGGUACGAACUGGGCGUGGUGUCGGGCGCCUUGCUGCAGCUCCAGCUCCGGUUUAACCUGAGCUGCGUCCGGCAGGAAGUGGUGGUCAGCGCUCUGCUCGUGGGCGCCAUCCUGGCGUCGGCGAUCGGCGGGUGGCUAAUCGACCGGCGCGGCAGAAGAACGUCCGUCCUGCUCAGUAACCUCCUGACGGUCAGCGGGAGCCUGACGCUGAGCUUUAGCCGCUCCUUCUGGACGCUAGUCCUCGGGCGGGUCAUCGCCGGGUUGGCCGUGUCGGUGUCGUCCAUGUCCUGCUGCAUCCUGGUCUCGGAGACGGUUCGGGCCGAGCGCAGAGGCCUCAUGGUGACCCUGUACGAGGUGGGCGUGACCGGCGGGAUCCUGCUGGCGUACGCGGCCAACCUGGCGCUCUCCGGCGCUCAGGACGGGUGGAGGUUCAUGUUCGGGUUGGUCAUGGCGCCGGCCCUGGCGCAGUCGCUCGCCGUCUGGGCUCUGCCACCCCAGCAGGUAGCGCCGGACCGGUUCCCGGGCGGAGACGGGGCGCAGGGGCAGAGCGGGUCGUGCUCCGCCCUGAAUCUGUUUGGGCGGGAGGAGAACAUGCGCAGCAGGAUGCUGAUCGGACUCGGCUUGGUCCUGUUUCAGCAGUUCACCGGUCAGCCGAACGUCCUGCUCUACGCCUCCACCGUCUUCCAGAACGUGGGAUUUAAAAGUGACGCGGCGGCCGUGUGGGCGUCGCUCGGACUCGGGCUGGUUAAAGCCGUCGCCACGCUAGUCGCCACGUUCUGCGCGGAUAAAGUGGGGCGGAGGCCGCUCCUGAUCGGCGGAUGCUCCGUCAUGGCGGUCGGCCUGGUGCUGCUCGGCUUCCUGAGCGGACGCACCGAGUUUGGAACGGCGGGACACUGCGACUCCCGCCGAAGCGCCGCGCUGAGCACCGGAAACGCCACCGUCGCUGCUGGAGGUUCGGACGAGCUCGGAGCGUCUCAUUGGAUGAUUUUGCUCUGCAUGAUGUCCGUCGUCGCCGCCUUCUCCGUCGGAUUCGGACCAAUGACGUGGGUGGUGCUGAGCGAAAUCUUCCCAGCAGAGGUUCGAGGCCGAGCGUUCGCGUUCAGCAGCUGCUGUAACUGGGUGGCGAACCUGAUCAUCACCUUCACCUUCCUCAACGUUAUAGACCUGAUGGGACUUUCUGGAACGUUCUUCGUGUACGGAGCGACGGCGGUGGCGGCCGCGGUUUUCGUUCACCUCCUCCUACCAGAGACCAAGAACAAAACCCUGCAGGAGAUCGACCAGGAGCUCCGCCAGCGACGGAUUCCCGGGAGAGAGGACUGGUGCAGUAUUUUCCAGAGAAGAAACUUCUCGCCCGGGUAUCAGAGACUCUCCUGGACUAACUCAGCGAUAUGACAUUCAGACAAGGGCGCUCCGGUGCUAUCGGCCGGUCGGGCGCCUGCACACGGACAUGAUCGGCUGUGUCUGAGAGGAGGGAAACCGGACCCACAGAGACUCUGACCAGGAUAAAGCUGAAGAGAACUUUGUGUAGCAGCAAUAAUUCCUGUGUGCAUGUCGUGCUUGUAAAUAUAAGUAACUUGUACAGUAAGUGUAAGAAUGUAUUUAAUUAAAUUAUAAUUAAAAGUACGCUGAUUAAAUAUUAAA